GAAGUGUGGGUGUGAAGGUUUCUCAAUGAUCAGUAUAGAUCUCUGUCUCCAACCCUGUUGCAGGGACACUACGAUGUUUGCAGUUUCUGCUGAGGUGAAGGGUUUGGAGACGAUGGUUAACCUCCUGGCUGAUGUGGUGCUUCAACCGAGAUUAACAGACGAGGAGUUGGAGAUGGUGCGCCUGUCGGUCCGUUUUGAACUGGAAGAUUUACAAAUGCGACCGGAUCCUGAGCCCCUCCUAACUGAGAUGGUUCAUGCGGUAAGGUUAUCACUUCUCCCAAUCUGUCGGACUCCUCAGGUGGAGAAGGACAUGACGGAUGUUAGCCUGGGACCCACGCCCAUCCCCGAGCUCACCCACAUCAUGAUCGGGCUGGAAAGCUGCUCCUUCCUGGAGGACGAUUUCAUCCCCUUUGCUGUGCUGAACAUGAUGAUGGGUGGUGGCGGCUCGUUCUCAGCUGGGGGUCCAGGGAAGGGAAUGUUUACCAGACUCUACCUCAAUGUCUUAAACAGACACCACUGGAUGUACAAUGCCACAGCCUAUCACCAUAGCUAUGAGGACACUGGCCUCCUGUGUAUACAUGCGAGUGCUGAUCCAAGACAGGUCAGGGAGAUGGUGGAAAUUAUCACUCGGGAAUUCAUCAUGAUGACUGGCUCAGUAGGCGAGAUGGAGCUGGAACGAGCGAAGACCCAACUGAAGUCGAUGCUGAUGAUGAACCUGGAGUCACGGCCGGUUAUAUUUGAGGAUGUUGGGCGGCAGGUUCUUGCGACAGGGAGCCGCAAACUGCCGCAGGAGCUUUGUACACUGAUCGGUGAGGUAAGCGCAGACGACAUCAAGAGGGUCACAAUGAAAAUGUUACGCAGCAAGCCAGCCGUGGCAGCCCUGGGAGACCUCAGUGAUUUGCCAACGUAUGAGCACAUCCAGCACGCACUGACCAGCAAGGAUGGUCGCUUACCCCGGAUCUAUCGGCUGUUCCGAUGAGUGGGACCUGCUCCCGGUCCCCAGCUGAUGAACAGACACACUACACCUUGAGUCCUGGUACCUUGUGGCUGUGCAUCUGUGAGCUGCUUGAGGUGGACAGAGAGGGGUAAUUGUGUGUAAUUAGACUGGGCUGGGAGGGGGGAGGGGGGACAGAACACAGUGUGGGUGAAAAGUGGUCUAAUGAUUUUAUAUCAAGAUAGCGAGAUCAAACCUGCUUUGAAAUGCUUGGAUGUGUCUUUACUUUGUGAUGCUGCUAGUCACCAGCUCCUGGACUGUGAUCGUUCUGUGUUAAUGCGCAAGACUGUUCUGUCCAGUUAUAUAAAUUUUUAUUGUACUAA